AUGGAUAGAAAUUCUCGCAAUCAUUCGAUAACUAUGGACCGUGACACAAAGUCUAUUAUGAAAAAAAUUUUGCUGGAUUUUGCUAUAUUAUUUUGCGUUGGCUUCCUCGUCCUCGUGUUCUACCUCUGGGGCGAUCCUUAUAAAAGGGGAUUCUUCUGCGAUGAUGAAUCUCUCAAGCAUCCCUACAAGGACUCGACCGUCACCAAUGUCAUGCUGUAUAUUGUCGGCAUCGGUCUUCCUGUGGUCACGAUGUGCUUAACGGAGUGGAUUAGGCUGCGUAACUACAAAGGCGGUCGCUGCCGCAACAUCCUGGGCAUGGAGAUACCGGCGUGGCUUUGGGAGGCCUACAAAGUUGUCGGCGUGUUCCUCUUCGGCUGUGCCUGUCAGCAGCUGACCACCGACGUGGCCAAGUACGCCAUAGGCAGGCUGAGACCGCAUUUCUUCACUGUGUGCAAACCAGACAUAGACUGCACGCUACCAGAGAACAAAUGGAGAUACAUCGAGAACUUUACAUGUCUUGAGAGGGAUCCUAAGUUACUGAAAGAGAUGCGCCUGUCCUUCCCCAGCGGGCAUUCCUCCUUCUCGGCAUACACUAUGGUCUAUUUCGCGUUAUAUCUCCAGAAGCGUUUUACUUGGCGAGGCUCUAAGCUGCUCCGUCACGGCAUCCAGUUCCUGUUGCUCAUGAUGGCCUGGUACACCGUGAUGACGAGAGUGUCCGACUACAAGCAUCACUGGAGCGACGUCCUGGCUGGUUUUAGUAUUGGAUUAAUUUUCGCGAUCAUUGUGUAUGUAUUCGUGUCGGACCUGCGCAAGACUUCACGGCGACAGACCAACAUCCACAACAAUGAACUUCACGCUACAAACGGCAGCACGCGCUCGCCGAGCGGCUGGCAGGUCUGA